GACAUGGUCCGCAUGCUGCUCAAUUUUGGCGCCAAUCCAAACCCUCAAAAUUCUGAUGAGAGUAUACCUCUCCGUCUUGCAGAAGCGCAAGGACACACCGAGGUGGUCGAUCUUUUACUUGAAAGCGGGGCUGAGAUCACGGGUGUGUCUUGCGCAGUCCUGGAGUCAAGUACCCCCCAGUCUGAUCGAUCCGAAUGGUUCAAUGCAGAAGAACACUAGA